AUGUUCCGCCCUCAGGUGGCUCUUCGUGACUGUAGCGAGUGUGAUUGUAUCAGCGGGCAAGGCAACCGGGAAUGGACGCGUGUGGAGGAGGUGGAGGGGCUGUGGCUGUGCCGGGCGUUUCUUACAACGAGGGAACAAGCCAUUGUCCUGAAUGCUAUUGCACAAGAAAAAUGGUUCGACCCACCUGUAAAAAACCAGGUAAAGAAGUGCAUGACAUUGAACAAGCUCCGAGAAAAUUCAGUAGCAGCAGGUUCCAGGGUGGCUUCUGUGGGCAGUCUGGCUCACACGCGCUGGUGUAAUGGAGAAGCUACUAGAGGGGAUGGAGCGAUUGCUGCUAGUGGAGUGGAUGGUGCUUGUGGGUUGAUGAGUGAGGAGAGGGAUGGAGGUUGGGGUGAUGGUGCUGCUUGCUGUGGGAGGGGGCUGCGUGAGAAGAGUGGAGGAGGGGGGAAUGGUGCGGGGGGUGGGAGUGAUUUGACUGUAGAAGGUAGCGAGGAGGGACAAUUGGGGGGAGGAAGUGGGGACGAAGAAGAGCACGUGAGGAGUGGUUGUCGGAAAAGGCAGAAGAAAGGAGUGCAUGAGGGAGACUUGGAGAAUGCGUCGAGAAGGGAAGAGAGGAGAGGUGUGCAGGAGCAAGAGGGAGGAGAAUUGCAGGAAGUGAACGGCCUUGAGGACGCGCUUUCAGGCAAGCAUGCUAAUGCCGAGCUCUACCGUGUUGUCAGAGCCGAACCUGAGAAGGCUGGGACUGACUUCAACGUUGGAAGUGAGCAAUUGCAGGCGGGUGGACCUGAAGCUGACGAAGCUGAGCAGUUACAAGCGCAGCCGCUGUCUCAGCGUGUACUGCAGCGAGAGCACCUGUUCGACCAGAUGAUCGCCAACUGGUACAGCGGAGACGAGGGUAUCAAGCCGCAUGUGGACUUGAUGCGAUUCGAUGAUGGCAUCGCCAUUCUCUCCCUCCUCUCUCCCUGCAUCAUGACCCUUGCUCCCACUCCACCCACCACCACCGCUUCCAACCCCACCCCAACCACCACUGCCACCCCCACCAGCACCAUCCCCACCACUGCCACUGCAAGUCCGCCCUCUUCCCUUCCUGGCUUCCCGGAUCAACGGCCCUCAUCCAUUGCAGCAAUGCCCCUUUCUGAUGCUGCAGAUGCACCGUCUACUGCUGCUAGAUCGUCAGACCGUCCUUAUGAUCUUGGGUUUUCCCUCCCAGUGCUCCUUGCUCCUGGGGAUCUGCUGCUGUUUUCGGGCCCUGCUAGGCGAAGGCGAAGGCGCUUUACCGGGAUGCUCUCAGGACUGCGCGACUCGCGCCGCCUGAAUCCCGAGGUUCACAUGGACGACCUAAUAUCGUUAGGCGAGACGUUACAGCAGGCGUCGUCGGCGCUCGUGGGAGACGACAUCCAGGCGGACCCUCGAUCAGGGUCGGCUCCCGUCAUCCAGCUCUUGGUCAUCGGCGCGCCGGGUUCAGGGAAGUCGGCUGUUCUCAACACGCUCAUCGGCCAUGCCGUUCUGCCAACAGGAGAGGGCGGGUGCACGCGCUUCCCAGUGCUGGUCGACUUGCAUCGCGACCCGAACCUCUCGGCUGGCUCUGUGCGCGCCAAUCUCGGCGCCCGAACCAACAUGCCCAUGCCAUCGGAGAUCCGGCAGGCACUGCAGUCGGACAUGAGCAAGGCCAAGGGCUCAUCCAGGCACAGAGAGGAGGCGCAGCUCAUCCUCCGCUCGCCAAUCGCCCCCCCAAUGCGCAUCAUUGACCUGCCUGGCAUUGAGAAGGCGUCUCAAAUGGACGGAGCAUUCCAGGACAACGUGUCCAACAACGAUGCAGUCAUCCUGGUGGUGGUCUCUGCCACGGCAGUCAAGGACUCCCUCAAGAUUCUCCGCAUUGCGCACGACAUUGACAGAGAAGGUGUGAGAACGAUUGGAGUGAUCACGAAAUUCGACCAAGUCAUGAAGGACAGAGACACGGCGAAGCUGGCAGUGGAUCUGCUGCAGAGGCAGGGGGCGGCCAUGGCUCAGGACUACCCGUGGGUGGCGGUGAUUGGACAGCCGCUGGGGGACAAGGACACAAACGAGCCCAUGGAUGGUGCAUGGCAGGAGGAGUUCAAGGUCCUGUCUCAGGUGAUGCGGGCGAAUGGAGUGAAGGGCAUGGACACGCCCAUGGGUCGCGAUGCGUUGCUGCGGCUGAUUGCUCGCACCGUGCGGCACAAGAUGAAGGAGAAGAUUCCUCGCAUCAUGUCCGCCUUGGAGGGUCGGUCUCAGGAGGUGGAUGCGGAGCUACUCAGGCUGGGAGACUCCCUGGUUUCAAGCCUCAACGGCUCGCGUGCGCUCGCCCUGGAGCUGUGCCGAGGGUUUGAGACCAAGUUCUGCGAACACUUAGAUGGCAGUGAGGGCGGAGGGUCGCAGAUGGUGGAGAAGUUUGUGGGCACGCUGCCGCUGCGCUUCAGAGGGCUCCCCCUAGACGAAAUGUUCAGCUUUGACAAUGUCAAGAAGGUGGUGAUGGUGGCGGAUGGGUACCAGCCAUACCUGCUGUCGCCAGAGAAGGGCCUUCGUCUGCUCAUCAAAAGGAGUCUCGAGCUGGCCAAGCAGCCUGGCAUUGACUGUGUGGACGAGGUGCACAAGAUUCUCGUGGACAUCGUUGCAGGUGCCGCAUCGCAAGCCCCUUCGCUCGUCCGGUUCCCACCCAUGAAAACAGAGCUGGUGGCCAUCGCCUCAGCAGCGCUGGACGAGUAUCGUGCGGAGGCAAAGCGCAUGGUAACAGCCAUCGUGGACAUGGAGAAGGGAUUCGUGCCGCCCUCGCACUUCAUUGAGGCCGAGUACAAAAGGCAGGAGAAGCUAUGGAAAGAAUUGGAAGUGGCUCGCAAGGGUCUGCAGGACAGAGGCGUGCUUUCCCGCUCUUCGACAGGAGACAGUGGGGGCGGUCGCUUUGCCUCUGCCAUGUCAUCCUUCAGUCGCAAGAAGGAGCCUCCCCCACCUCCGCCCCCCACCGAUGCCUCUCAGCCCCUGGCUCCCAUGAAGGAGCUUGCAGGGUUCUUAUGGAAAGUGAGCUCCAAGGGGGGGUGGAGCAAGCGCUGGUUCGCACUCAGCGACAAGACGGCUCGGCUCUACUACGUGAAGAAGCCCGAUGAGAAGACGCCCAGGGGCGUCAUUCCUCUGGAGGACUGCAUAAUAGACGAGAUAGUGCCCCCAGAAGAGGUACCAUCAGCGUCGGACAUCAAGGCGGGGUCCAACCCCUCAGCACAGGCACUCUCCUUCAAAAUUGGCAACAGAGUGCCGUACAAGACCGUGGUCAAAGUCCACCAGUCACUCAUCCUGCGAGCAGACAGCAUGGCGGAGAAGCAGCAGUGGGUGGCGCGCCUGCGCAGCCACACCAAGGCCUUCAAGGAGGGCCCGCCUCCUCCCCCCCCUUCCUCCUCCACCGGGGGUGACACCGACCAAUCAGGAGACGAGGGGGCCGGCAGGGACGGGGAUUCUGCUGGUGCUGGCGGUGGGAGUGGGGGGAGUAUUGUGCCGGGGGCGCUGGGGCAGGGAGGGGGAGCGGUGGCGGGGGCAGGACGGGUGGCGAAUCCAGAGGAGGAGCUGCGGUACCAGGUGACUGAAGUGCGGCGAUACGUGCAAGCGGUGCUCGUGCACCUGGCAGACAACAUCCCUAAGGCGAUUGUGUUAUCUCAGGUGGAGCGAGCACGGGAUUCCAUGCUCACAAAGCUGUACCAGACGGUGAGCGGCAUGUCAGACGACAAGCUGCAUUCGAUGCUGCAGGAGGACGCGGAGAGUGCCGGCAAGCGCGACAAGUUCAAGCGCAUGCGCGAUGCCAUGCUGCAGCUUAAGAGGGCCCUCAGCCUGCACGAGGCACGCGCUUCUGCUGAGGAUGAGGGGAGAGUCUUCACGAGGCACCCGCGUCUGCUGAGGACGAAGGACAAGAUGGGUGUCUGUCUUUUCGGGUCUCUGUGCAUCUCCGCCCCUCUCUGUGCAUCUCCGCCCCUCUCUGUGCAUCUCCGCCCCUCUCUGUGCAUCUCCGCCCCUCUCUGUGCAUCUCCGCCCCUCUCUGUGCAUCUCCGCCCCUCUCUGUGCAUCUCCGCCCCUCUCUGUGCAUCUCCGCCCCUCUCUGUGUCAUGUCCAUCCCUCUCUGUGCAUCUCCGCCCCUCUCUGUGCAUCUCCGCCCCUCUCUGUGCAUCUCCGCCCCUCUCUGUGCAUCUCCGCCCCUCUCUGUGCAUCUCCGCCCCUCUCUGUGCAUCUCCGCCCCUCUCUGUGCAUCUCCGCCCCUCUCUGUGCAUCUCCGCCCCUCUCUGUGCAUCUCCGCCCCUCUCUGUGCAUCUCCGCCCCUCUCUGUGCAUCUCCGCCCCUCUCUGUGUCAUGUCCAUCCCUCUCUGUGUCAUGUCCAUCCCUCUCUGUGUCAUGUCCAUCCCUCUCUGUGUCAUGUCCAUCCCUCUCUGUGUCAUGUCCAUCCCUCUCUGUGUCAUGUCCAUCCCUCUCUGUGUCAUGUCCAUCCCUCUCUGUGUCAUGUCCAUCCCUCUCUGUGUCAUGUCCAUCCCUCUCUGUGUCAUGUCCAUCCCUCUCUGUGUCAUGUCCAUCCCUCUCUGUGUCAUGUCCAUCCCUCUCUGUGUCAUGUCCAUCCCUCUCUGUGUCAUGUCCAUCCCUCUCUGUGUCAUGUCCAUCCCUCUCUGUGUCAUGUCCAUCCCUCUCUGUGUCAUGUCCAUCCCUCUCUGUGUCAUGUCCAUCCCUCUCUGUGUCAUGUCCAUCCCUCUCUGUGUCAUGUCCAUCCCUCUCUGUGUCAUGUCCAUCCCUCUCUGUGUCAUGUCCAUCCCUCUCUGUGUCAUGUCCAUCCCUCUCUGUGUCAUGUCCAUCCCUCUCUGUGUCAUGUCCAUCCCUCUCUGUGUCAUGUCCAUCCCUCUCUGUGUCAUGUCCAUCCCUCUCUGUGUCAUGUCCAUCCCUCUCUGUGUCAUGUCCAUCCCUCUCUGUGUCAUGUCCAUCCCUCUCUGUGUCAUGUCCAUCCCUCUCUGUGUCAUGUCCAUCCCUCUCUGUGUCAUGUCCAUCCCUCUCUGUGUCAUGUCCAUCCCUCUCUGUGUCAUGUCCAUCCCUCUCUGUGUCAUGUCCAUCCCUCUCUGUGUCAUGUCCAUCCCUCUCUGUGUCAUGUCCAUCCCUCUCUGUGUCAUGUCCAUCCCUCUCUGUGUCAUGUCCAUCCCUCUCUGUGUCAUGUCCAUCCCUCUCUGUGUCAUGUCCAUCCCUCUCUGUGUCAUGUCCAUCCCUCUCUGUGUCAUGUCCAUCCCUCUCUGUGUCAUGUCCAUCCCUCUCUGUGUCAUGUCCAUCCCUCUCUGUGUCAUGUCCAUCCCUCUCUGUGUCAUGUCCAUCCCUCUCUGUGUCAUGUCCAUCCCUCUCUGUGUCAUGUCCAUCCCUCUCUGUGUCAUGUCCAUCCCUCUCUGUGUCAUGUCCAUCCCUCUCUGUGUCAUGUCCAUCCCUCUCUGUGUCAUGUCCAUCCCUCUCUGUGUCAUGUCCAUCCCUCUCUGUGUCAUGUCCAUCCCUCUCUGUGUCAUGUCCAUCCCUCUCUGUGUCAUGUCCAUCCCUCUCUGUGUCAUGUCCAUCCCUCUCUGUGUCAUGUCCAUCCCUCUCUGUGUCAUGUCCAUCCCUCUCUGUGUCAUGUCCAUCCCUCUCUGUGUCAUGUCCAUCCCUCUCUGUGUCAUGUCCAUCCCUCUCUGUGUCAUGUCCAUCCCUCUCUGUGUCAUGUCCAUCCCUCUCUGUGUCAUGUCCAUCCCUCUCUGUGUCAUGUCCAUCCCUCUCUGUGUCAUGUCCAUCCCUCUCUGUGUCAUGUCCAUCCCUCUCUGUGUCAUGUCCAUCCCUCUCUGUGUCAUGUCCAUCCCUCUCUGUGUCAUGUCCAUCCCUCUCUGUGUCAUGUCCAUCCCUCUCUGUGUCAUGUCCAUCCCUCUCUGUGUCAUGUCCAUCCCUCUCUGUGUCAUGUCCAUCCCUCUCUGUGUCAUGUCCAUCCCUCUCUGUGUCAUGUCCAUCCCUCUCUGUGUCAUGUCCAUCCCUCUCUGUGUCAUGUCCAUCCCUCUCUGUGUCAUGUCCAUCCCUCUCUGUGUCAUGUCCAUCCCUCUCUGUGUCAUGUCCAUCCCUCUCUGUGUCAUGUCCAUCCCUCUCUGUGUCAUGUCCAUCCCUCUCUGUGUCAUGUCCAUCCCUCUCUGUGUCAUGUCCAUCCCUCUCUGUGUCAUGUCCAUCCCUCUCUGUGUCAUGUCCAUCCCUCUCUGUGUCAUGUCCAUCCCUCUCUGUGUCAUGUCCAUCCCUCUCUGUGUCAUGUCCAUCCCUCUCUGUGUCAUGUCCAUCCCUCUCUGUGUCAUGUCCAUCCCUCUCUGUGUCAUGUCCAUCCCUCUCUGUGUCAUGUCCAUCCCUCUCUGUGUCAUGUCCAUCCCUCUCUGUGUCAUGUCCAUCCCUCUCUGUGUCAUGUCCAUCCCUCUCUGUGUCAUGUCCAUCCCUCUCUGUGUCAUGUCCAUCCCUCUCUGUGUCAUGUCCAUCCCUCUCUGUGUCAUGUCCAUCCCUCUCUGUGUCAUGUCCAUCCCUCUCUGUGUCAUGUCCAUCCCUCUCUGUGUCAUGUCCAUCCCUCUCUGUGUCAUGUCCAUCCCUCUCUGUGUCAUGUCCAUCCCUCUCUGUGUCAUGUCCAUCCCUCUCUGUGUCAUGUCCAUCCCUCUCUGUGUCAUGUCCAUCCCUCUCUGUGUCAUGUCCAUCCCUCUCUGUGUCAUGUCCAUCCCUCUCUGUGUCAUGUCCAUCCCUCUCUGUGUCAUGUCCAUCCCUCUCUGUGUCAUGUCCAUCCCUCUCUGUGUCAUGUCCAUCCCUCUCUGUGUCAUGUCCAUCCCUCUCUGUGUCAUGUCCAUCCCUCUCUGUGUCAUGUCCAUCCCUCUCUGUGUCAUGUCCAUCCCUCUCUGUGUCAUGUCCAUCCCUCUCUGUGUCAUGUCCAUCCCUCUCUGUGUCAUGUCCAUCCCUCUCUGUGUCAUGUCCAUCCCUCUCUGUGUCAUGUCCAUCCCUCUCUGUGUCAUGUCCAUCCCUCUCUGUGUCAUGUCCAUCCCUCUCUGUGUCAUGUCCAUCCCUCUCUGUGUCAUGUCCAUCCCUCUCUGUGUCAUGUCCAUCCCUCUCUGUGUCAUGUCCAUCCCUCUCUGUGUCAUGUCCAUCCCUCUCUGUGUCAUGUCCAUCCCUCUCUGUGUCAUGUCCAUCCCUCUCUGUGUCAUGUCCAUCCCUCUCUGUGUCAUGUCCAUCCCUCUCUGUGUCAUGUCCAUCCCUCUCUGUGUCAUGUCCAUCCCUCUCUGUGUCAUGUCCAUCCCUCUCUGUGUCAUGUCCAUCCCUCUCUGUGUCAUGUCCAUCCCUCUCUGUGUCAUGUCCAUCCCUCUCUGUGUCAUGUCCAUCCCUCUCUGUGUCAUGUCCAUCCCUCUCUGUGUCAUGUCCAUCCCUCUCUGUGUCAUGUCCAUCCCUCUCUGUGUCAUGUCCAUCCCUCUCUGUGUCAUGUCCAUCCCUCUCUGUGUCAUGUCCAUCCCUCUCUGUGUCAUGUCCAUCCCUCUCUGUGUCAUGUCCAUCCCUCUCUGUGUCAUGUCCAUCCCUCUCUGUGUCAUGUCCAUCCCUCUCUGUGUCAUGUCCAUCCCUCUCUGUGUCAUGUCCAUCCCUCUCUGUGUCAUGUCCAUCCCUCUCUGUGUCAUGUCCAUCCCUCUCUGUGUCAUGUCCAUCCCUCUCUGUGUCAUGUCCAUCCCUCUCUGUGUCAUGUCCAUCCCUCUCUGUGUCAUGUCCAUCCCUCUCUGUGUCAUGUCCAUCCCUCUCUGUGUCAUGUCCAUCCCUCUCUGUGUCAUGUCCAUCCCUCUCUGUGUCAUGUCCAUCCCUCUCUGUGUCAUGUCCAUCCCUCUCUGUGUCAUGUCCAUCCCUCUCUGUGUCAUGUCCAUCCCUCUCUGUGUCAUGUCCAUCCCUCUCUGUGUCAUGUCCAUCCCUCUCUGUGUCAUGUCCAUCCCUCUCUGUGUCAUGUCCAUCCCUCUCUGUGUCAUGUCCAUCCCUCUCUGUGUCAUGUCCAUCCCUCUCUGUGUCAUGUCCAUCCCUCUCUGUGUCAUGUCCAUCCCUCUCUGUGUCAUGUCCAUCCCUCUCUGUGUCAUGUCCAUCCCUCUCUGUGUCAUGUCCAUCCCUCUCUGUGUCAUGUCCAUCCCUCUCUGUGUCAUGUCCAUCCCUCUCUGUGUCAUGUCCAUCCCUCUCUGUGUCAUGUCCAUCCCUCUCUGUGUCAUGUCCAUCCCUCUCUGUGUCAUGUCCAUCCCUCUCUGUGUCAUGUCCAUCCCUCUCUGUGUCAAAUCUCUGUGCAUAUGCGCCUCUCUCUCUGCCAUCUUGUGCCCUGCUGUCCCAUCAGGCACCAAGGAGACAGUGGACGCAUGGAGAACAGCUUUCAACAAGGCCGCCCCUGCCGCUCCCACAAUCCCCGAAGAACCUUCUGCAGAUUCCAGCACUCUUCCCUCCCCUUCCUCUCGAAAAUCACCCCCACCACCCCCCUCCUCCUCCUCCUCCUCAUCCUCCUCCUCCUCCUCCAAAGCCUCCAGAUCUUCAGCCUCUGCAGCCGUAGCAGCCGCUGCAGCAGCAGCAGCCGGUGCUGCUGCUGCUGCUUCUCCCACCCCUCCCACCUCAUCAGCAGCAGCAGCAGGAGCAGCAGCAGCUGCGGCUCCCCCGUAUGGUAUCACACAUGCCUCUUCAUUCCAGCCCUCCCGAACCUCCUCCGCCAACCAACCGCCAGCUAUCACCCGUGGCAUGACUAUGAGCUCCGUGCCGAACCCGCUAGGUGCAGGAGUUCCCGGAGCUAUGGUCCCAGGCCCGGUGAUGGCCCGGGGGCCGCCAAUGGUGCCGUCUGCAAGCACUGCCAGGAGUGCUAGUCCUCUGAGACAGACCCUAGCAGGGGGGAUGGAUGCAGGAGGUGGAAUGGGGAACCCCCUGCGUGCCACAUCUAGGAGAGCUCCUCCUGCCCCGCCCACUGGUUUCAGCUUCAAGUAA